AUGGGUCUCUCCCUCUACUUGGAGUUGAGUGAGGGGCCCCCGGGGGGUCUCUCUCCGCCUAGCUUGAGUGAGGGGCCCCCGGGGGGUCUCUCUCCGCCUAGCUUGAGUGAGGGGCCCCCGGGGGGUCUCUCCCUCUACUUGGAGUUGAGUGAGGGGCCCCCGGGGGGUCUCUCUCCGCCUAGCUUGAGUGAGGGGCCCCCGGGGGGUCUCUCCCUCUACUUGGAGUUGAGUGAGGGGCCCCCGGGGGGUCUCUCUCCGCCUAGCUUGAGUGAGGGGCCCCCGGGGGGUCUCUCCCUCUACUUGGAGUUGAGUGAGGGGCCCCCGGGGGGUCUCUCCCUCUACUUGGAGUUGAGUGAGGGGCCCCCGGGGGGUCUCUCUCCGCCUAGCUUGAGUGAGGGGCCCCCGGGGGGUCUCUCCCUCUACUUGGAGUUGAGUGAGGGGCCCCCGGGGGGUCUCUCUCCGCCUAGCUUGAGUGAGGGGCCCCCGGGGGGUCUCUCCCUCUACUUGGAGUUGAGUGAGGGGCCCCCGGGGGGUCUCUCUCCGCCUAGCUUGAGUGAGGGGCCCCCGGGGGGUCUCUCCCUCUACUUGGAGUUGAGUGAGGGGCCCCCGGGGGGUCUCUCUCCGCCUAGCUUGAGUGAGUGA